AUGUCGAAAACCGAGGAGUCCACCCAGGCUGCCCCCUCGGCAGACCCGCCUCGUAUUCUCAUCAUCGGCGCGGGUUCGCGGGGGAAAACUUACGCUAAAGCCAUCGCAUCGGCUACGAACGGCGUGGUCGCUGCCGUUUCCGAACCGGACAACUACAAGAGGAACUGGUUUGGGGAGGCCUUUAUAUGGGGUUCGGGUGCUCCCCCGCCCGAAGGAGCUGCUUUCGCCGACUGGCGUGAGUUUAUCGCUUACGAAAAGGAGCGCCGCGCGCGCGCGGCGAGCGGUAGGGAGGAAAACGUGCCUCCGGGCAUCGACGCCGCCUUCGUUUGCGUGCUGGAUGAGAUGCAUCGCGACGUGGUGGUCGCCCUGGCCAACCUCGGCGGGUUCCAUAUCAUGUGCGAGAAGCCGUUGGCGACCACCCUCCAAGAUUGUAUCGAUAUGUACGCGGCCUUGCAAGCAAACAAGGUCUCGGGGGGGGAACAAGCUGUCUUCUCCAUUGGGCAUGUUCUUCGUUACAGUCCCCACAAUAUGCUCCUCCGAAAGCUUGCGGUGCAAGACCGCGUAAUUGGGGAUAUCCUGUCUGUUGUACAUACGGAACCCGUUGGGUGGUGGCAUUUUAGCCAUAGUUACGUCCGUGGCAACUGGCGUCGCGAGAGCACCACUGCCCCAAGCCUAUUGACCAAGAGUUGCCACGACAUCGAUGUGCUGCUCUGGUUGCUAUGCUCCCCCUCUGAUUACUCAGUCAAGGACGGGCCUCCACCCCAUCUACCAUCCUCGGUAACUAGCACCGGUACUCUGCAGUAUUUCAAGCGGAGCCGCAAACCAGCCAGGGCCGGGAAUGCCACCAACUGCCUCUCCUGCCCAGUUGAAAGCGACUGCAAAUACUCAGCAAAGCGUAUCUAUGUCGGCCCGGAGAUCGCGGGGCUGGAGACCUGCAACACAGGCUGGCCCGUGAGUAUCGUUGUUCCUGAUAUUGAGUCGUGUGACAGCAUGAAAGAAGCCAAGAAAGCUGUGCUUUCUGAGCUCGCCAAGGACUAUACUUCUACCACACCGGAUUCGGAGGUCUCACGUCGAAACUGGUUUGGCAGGUGUGUUUACGAAUGCGACAACGAUGUGUGCGAUGACCAAGUGGUCACCCUCAACUGGGAGGAAGAGCCGUUGGCGGGUGAGAGCGGGACGGGUAGCCGCAAUGCGAAGACGGCCGUCUUCCAUAUGGUUUCUCACACCAAAAAGAUAUGCCAACGCUAUACCCAUCUGUACGGCGUCGACGGUGAAAUAUACGCUGACUCGACUACCAUCACCGUCGAAGACUUCCGUACCGGAAAGACAACCGUGCAUCGCCCUCCGAGCGGAGGCGCCGGGCACGGCGGAGGGGAUACUGGCCUAACUCGUCAGUUCAUACUCGCUAUCGACAAGGUCAAGAACCAUGGUUGGUCGUCCGACAGGGCCCAGAGAGAGCUUGUCGGCUGCACCCUGGAAGAAGUUAUCCUCAGCCAUGCCAUGGUAUUCUGCGCUGAGGCUGCGCGCCGGGGUAAGGAGGUGAUAAAUUGGCCUAAGUGGUGGGCGGCCGAGGUCCAGGCUAAGUCCGCGCCGAGAUGA